UUGGCGCUUAUGCUGGCGACACUGCCCAUCGCGAUAUUGAUGUCGGUAACAGACAGGUGUGCAGGAGAGCGGUUGAUGCUGCUGUGCUGGUUGUAGCCGUCGACGCGCUUUGGUGUGGCAGAUGCAGCUUGCUGAAGGUUUGAGCAGGCGGUUGCGGCAAUGCGCCGUCAUGGGCGAACCGUCAUGGUGGAGAACGGCUUGGGUGCUGAGGGUGGUUUCUGAUCAUGAUUGCGGCUGCGAUGAGAGCGGCUUUCAAGCGCGUUGGAUCGUUCGACUUGUCAAGCUACCAGAUCGGGAAUCAUCCGCGCGAAGCUGCGAAUUGAGACCAAACGUCAAUGAAGGAACGAUCUAUCAUGCGCGUCAGCCUGAAGAACGGAGGGCGUGGCUGCUAGACUGCGCGCUGCCGACAGAAGCUAUGGGGAACUGCCGAGAGGCCGAGAUGCUGCGGCUCGAUUGGGUGCGGCGAGCUGACUAACGCCGCACCAAUCGGCUGGGGGCUCGACCGAACUCAACUCAUUGACAUGAGAUCGCCUUUUCUCGGCGUGAAGCUUGGUUUGGGUGUUGAUAAGAGGUGUGAAGAUGAAAGGAAGUAAGGGCUGUGC